AUGUUUUGGGCUAUCUUACUAUGUUCGAUCCCAAUAUUAAUGGGUGCAAUUUAUUGCUAUAUCAAAUGGAAAUACUAUACGUUACGUGGUCCAGUUCCUGAUCUACAACCUGAAUUUUUAUUUGGUAAUCUUCGUCAACUCGAAGUUAUUGGAUCAAAUCGAGAACUAAUCAAUAGCUACGAUCAUGCCGCUGAGAAACUUCAAAAAAAAUUUGGAGAUAUAUUUCAAUUUUGGAUAGGCUCAUUUUAUUCGUAUGUGUUUUGUCGACCAGAGCAUGCAGCACAAAUUUAUGCAGACCGUCAUAUAUUUGAUCGCGGUGAAAUUAAUAAAAAAAAAACAUUUGGAUUAAUCGGCGAAAAUCUUUUUAUCACACUUAUAGAUCCAAAAUACAAACGGCAUGCUAGAGCUAUUUUACCUAUGUUAAAAAGGAAUAAAUUUCUAACACAAAUAUCGAAUAUUAUCGAAUAUGUCGAUCAAUUAAUUCAUGUUUGGAAAAUUCGAUAUGAAAAUAAAGAUGACAUUAUAUGUACAUGUAUAUUGAGUGAUAAUCAACAUGUGAUGCUUGAUAUGUUUACAUUUUUAACAUUUGAUUAUGAUUUGGGCAAUUUAAAGUAUUUAGCUAAAGAAGCAACAGAAUUAAAUUCAAACGAAAAAUAUCAAUCAUCUGAUUUCGGUCGAGCAUUAUUGAUAUAG